AUGGAUUCCGGCGAACCACUGCACGUCCUCUUCUUCCCCUUCUUAACACGUAGCCACAUGAUCCCAAUGCUUGAAACCGCCCGUCUCUUCUCCGAAAACGGCAUCAAGACCUCCAUUGUCACCACCCCGGCCAACGCCGACCCUCAUCAAACCUCUACUUCACCACCAUCCCUCCAUCUCCCUCCAUCUCAUCCCCCUUUCCUUCGACCACCUUCAACCUCCCUUCCGGCUGCGAAAAAUCUCACCGCCGUCCCUGUCCACCUCACCACCGACUUCUUCUCCGCCGCCUUCAACCUCCGUGACCCUUUCUCCCACCUUCUCUCCUCUCUCCGCCCUGACGCCAUCAUCUCCGACGCUAUCUACACUUGA